CAUCUUUUCCGAGCGACGCUUUUUUUGUUUUUUCUCUUUUUUUUUUUUCUUUUUUUCUUUUGUUUUGGCGGCCGCGGCGCGGCGUCGAACCACCAGCACGGAGGGACGAGAAGCCGUAAGAUGAAGAAACGAUAUGUGGACGCGAACAGGCUUCGGAAAAUGAAAAAACUGAAGAUAACGGAGAAGCUGUCUGAGAGUGCCUACACCUUCCUGAAGUUCAUGACAAUGUGGACGCUGGUGCUGCUGGCAGAUUUCAUCUUGGAAUUCAGACUGGAGUAUCUGUGGCCAUGCUGGCUCUUCUUUGGGAGCGUGUACACGACUUUCCACUGUCACGGCCUGGUUAUUUGUGUUGUGUUUGUUUGCGCUGCAUUCACCCUGGACAUCUUUUGCUUAAUUUUUGUUCCAUUGCACUGGCUGUUCUUUGUGGCAAGCACCUAUGUAUUAUUCAAUUACAUAUGGCACACAGAGAAGGGGAUCUGCAUAUCGACGGUGUCCCUGUGGAUUCUGCUCGUGUACACAGAAGCGUCACUUCGCCUCAAAGACCUCAAAAGUGCUCAUGCAAACCUGUCUCAUCUUUUUGCUGCACACUGCAUCGGAUAUCCUGUCGUGUAUCUGGGUUUUGAUGCCACCUGCUACUUCACCAACAUCUUUAAGCUGCGCAUCCAGAAAGCCGUGCAGAGUGACAACGAUUUCCACAUGCACCUCCUGCAGCAUUCCCUCCCUCCAGGUCUACACAUUUACCCCAAAACAGGCUCAGAUGAAAAUUCCAAGUGGAAGCUGAAACCUGAGUCAGCUCUGUAUCAGUGUCAGAACGGGGCGUUGGUAGCCCACGACGAGGCACACACUGCUGACUGCCUCCAGAUCCGCUAUGAGGAGCGAGGGGCAGAGAAGGGAACGCAAGACACGAGGUCAUCUGACUCAAACCGACGUCCAACAUCAUCCAAAAGCAGCAAUGGUGAUCUUCUCCACAGUGGGGCAGAGGGACCAGCGCCCUCCAUCACCUCAGAAAAUCUACCUCCAGAGGAGCAAGGAAGCAAAACCACCCGGGUGGCUAAGAGCUCUUCACCAAAAGCCCGUAGGAGCAGCACAAACACUCCUUCGCCCCCUACGUGCCGGACUGAGAAGAAGCACAGAUCCGGCGUAAAAACAGUCAGUCCCAACCGAGACGAGACAGACAAGAGCGCCACUGCUGCUCAGAAUUACCACACUGAGCAAGUGAACAAGUUGGAGCAGGAGCUCAAGCGGCUGAAAGGUGAGCUGCAGACAAGUCGGCAGAGUGAGCAGGAACUGCGGAGUCACAUCUGCAACUUGACCAACAGCGAGAGGAGCCUGAGGCCGGAGGUUUCUCUUCUCAGGCAGUCCAACAUGCUGCUGCAAAGCAAGAUUCUCUGUCUCACCAAAACCAAACAGAGGGACAAACAGACCGGUGCGAUGCUGGAGAAGACGACGAGAGCAGAGACUGAGGCCAGACUCUCUGUUGAGAAACAGUUGGCUGAGCUUCAGGCUCACAAACUGGGGGAGGCAGCCGGUAUGGCACGUGUUCCCACUAACAGGCAGGAACACUCUGAAACCCAAAUGUUAAGGAAAAGAGUUAAAGAUCUAGAGACAGAGUACAAACAACUACAGCUGGAGUAUCAAGUGAAAGAGAGUCGUGUGGUAGAUCUAGAGAAUGAAAUAGAGGUUCUCGGAAAGUACCGCUGCGUGGAGAAAGACACGGACAUGCUUUUGUCCACGCUGUCUGCCAUGCAGGAGAAAGCUCAACAUCUGGAAUACAACCUGAGCGCUGAAACCCGCAUCAAACUGGACUUGUUCUCCGCUCUGGGAGAUGCCCGCCGUCAGCUGGAAAUUGCACAAGAUAAAGCGGUGAAGCAGGACAGAGAGAUAAGUGAGAUGAAGCAGAAGAUUGCCGAGGUGAUGGCCGUCAGCCCUGCCGUGUCGUACAUGACCCCGCAGUGUCCGCAGUACAUGGCCAAGUUACUCAACUCUGAGCGCUACGCGCUCAGUCCACGAGCGCUGAUGUACCAGUGUCUGAAGAAAUAAAGGAAGCCGUCGCUAUUGGCUAAUCCUCGGACCUCUUCGACUGACGCCUUCAUCGUAAAAGCUGAGAAGCGGUUUUGCGGCUUUCGCCAUGGAGUUAAACGUUUCUGUACUUCCAGGCAUGAGCAGAAACGGGACGCGCCUCAGCAAGUCAAACACUUCUUGCUGCUCUGGUGGUGCUAAGUGGAUGUUUCUUCUGUAUAGUUCAGGUUUGUGCCCACGUUUGGGGUCAAAGAGUUUCACCUCAAAAUAAUAUCGUAUGCAGAUCUUGUAAGAAUAAAUCACAAAAUUAAGACUGUUAAAUGUUUUACAUAACAGUCACCCAAGGUGACUAUGUUCCAACCUCUCAUUUAUAAAACACUCACUUUUAAUUAAGGCUUCAAUUAAAUCUUACUUAUGAGGCAUAUUAAAAUAAUCCUUCACAAAUAAGU